AUUUUAUGCAUUAGGGUCUGCUAUAUGGUGUUAACUUUUAAAAUGUAUAUGUUAUUCAUAAUAUUAUUUUAAGAUUAAAAACAUGUCUCACUUCAUACUACGUUUUCGAGCUGUGCCAUUAUUGAUGCGUCACAUUCAAGAAGGGUGGCUAGUAUUUCAUCAAUGUAGAGCAAAAAGUUUUAUUAAAUUAAGGAGUUCUUACUGCGGAAUGAUGGCACCUCUUUGUAAUUCACACAAUCAAAAGAGAAGUUACAGUAUCGGUGAAUACGAUAAAUUGUGGCAAGCAGUUAGCAGUGGGCGUGGAAAAGGUCGUGGCGGUAAAAAGAAAGUACGCCCUAAAGACAUUGAUGGUGAAUUUUUAAAGUUUGGUAGUGCUAAUAUGAAGUGGCCUGGAUUGAAUGAACCAAUCAAAUUAGGACAAGGCAGCGAGAGACGUCAGAAGCACCAGCGCGAGAUGGAAGAUAGAGGGAAAUUUAGUCGUGCAAACCGAAUGGAUCCUACAAAACGUGGUUGGACGGGUACUACUUGGCCGGGACGGCAUGCUGGUGCGCCGCAGUUACCAAAUGGAGAUAUCAAGGAAGAUUUUGAUUCAAUAGUUAUUGAGGUAAAGAAAGUAUCUGUUACACGAGCAAGUGGAAAAAGAAAAAGGACAAGUGCUUUGGUUGUGGUGGGAAAUAAACAGGGAUCAAUUGGGUGGGCCAUAGGAAAAGGAACGUUCGCUUCAGCUGCUAUCCGAAAGGCUCGAAACAAAGCGGUCAACUAUCUUCACUAUGUCCCUAUUUGUGAAGGGAACACAAUUUAUCAUAAUAUACGAACAAAAAUCAAAAGUACUGAAGUUCAGUUUGAGAGAAAAGUACCAGGAUACGGUCGAAGAGCACAGCGCAUUAUUCGUGCAAUAACAGAAUUAGCUGGAAUUGAAAAUAUUCGUUGCAAGAUAGUUGGUCGAACAACCCCAUUGACAGUUGUAAGAGCUACUUUCCAAGGUUUACAAAUGCAGGAAACCCACGAAGAGUUAGCUGAACGCACUGGGAAGUUUGUUGUUGAGUAUCGAGAAGAGCAAGGCAGCCGACCUAUUGUCGUGGCCACACCUUCUGAAAAAGCUGUGAAGCGAAGAAUAGAACUGGAAAGUAAAAGCAAGGGCGAAGAUAUUACAAGAUACUUUGAUCCAUAUAGAGGGGCGCAUAGACCGAAAUCUAUUCGGGACGUUCAAGGAACGCAUCACGAUGUGAUGGCAGAUUUGUGAAUUUUAAUGUAUUUUAUGGUGAAUUAUCAUUACCGUAGAUUCGAGUUUAUAAUUUUUUACCUUUUAAAAUUUUAGAAUUCCUACCCAAGCCUUUUACUUAAAAACAAUAAAUAUAUAUCCAAAAGACUAA